CGAUAGUGUACAGCAUCGCCAUGAUGCUCACACAGAACGUCUUCCUCUUCCAAUACCGCAACUUCUUCACAGGCCGCUGGCUCCGUCGAACCACAGCGGCCAUGGUCGUCACGGUCACGCUCUUUGGCAUUGCGUCAACGCUCACGCUCGCCUUCCAGUGCGUCCCGAUGCGGUACAUCUGGGACCCGCUGUCCCCAGAGGCCCGCUGUAUCAAUUACCAGGUCUUCUGGUACAUCUCGGCCGGCUUCAACACGCUCACAGCGAUAAUCAUCUGGAUUCUGCCCAUUCCGCUGAUCAAGGGUCUUCAUCUGCCGAAACGUCAGAAAUAUUGGCUGAUUAUGGUCUUUGCGUUGGGAGUUUUUACAUGUCUCGCCUCGGGCCUGCGUAUCCGCGCGCUCAACUUGGGCGUCAAGCACACCGAGUUCGAUACGAGUUACUUCUAUCCCGAAGUCGCGGCCUGGAGCUCGCUCGAGAUCAAUGUGGGCAUCAUCUGCGCGUGUCUGCCGACGCUGAAACCCAUCGUCGACAAGAUGUUUCCCGGCUUGUUGCAUGAUCCGGCGAGGCGCAUGGGGGCAUCAUUUGUCAAUAGAAGCAUCUACGACAGAGACGGCAUGUACAUGGGUACGGUGAACUCGCGUGUGGGAAGGGAUGUUGGUGGUGGUGGUGGUGGUGGUGGUGGUGGUGGUGCUGGGCAGUACAAGGGCAAGGGCGGCGGCGGUUUGGCCGGAAAGACAACAGAGACAGACCUGGAGAGUCUGACUACGUCCGCAUCGUCGCCGGCUAGGGGCAGAGCCGUUGGAGACUUUUGA